AUGAAAUUCUCCAUGAUCGCUUUCCUCUCCUUGGCUGGAAGCAUUGUUGCUCUGCCUUUCCAUCCGCUAGAAGCUCGCGAUGAUCCGUCUCUUGCUCCGAUCACGUUGGUUGAUGGUCCCUCACAUUCAGACAACAUGACAUGCAAGCGGGAUAGUUAUACUGCCUCUUACUCUGGCGAGGAUGUCUACGAGGCUGUUCAAUACGCCAUCGCGUUGACGCAAAAUGGACAGGCCCGAGGCAAAGCCAAAUUCCCCCACUCUCUCCACCACAACAACUCGACGGGACAUUCUUUGAAUUUCCCUGAUUCGUGCCCGGCGGACAAAAAUCGCUACGAAUAUCCACUCGAGAAAGGUUCCUAUUAUAACGGCGGGCCGAGGAACCAGGACAUCGGGGAUGAGCGGGUGGUGUUUUAUCAUAAAGAUGAUGAGAUUGAUACCCAGGAUCAUCCGAAGGCAUACUUCUGUGGUCUUGUCACACGCGGUGGAAAGAAGACAGGAGGAUUCCGCAAUUGCUAG